AUGUCACACACCCUUCAAGGCCGCUGCUCAGGGACACACCCCCGGCAACACCCACGCCCGCCACGCCCUCGCCAGCCACGCCCUCGCCCUGCCCAACCCCGCCCUAAAAGAUCGGACCCUCAGGCAGUUCCUCCGGAACGCACCGGAAGUGGACUUUGCUUGAGCACAAGGCCCCCUGGGAAGUGUAGUCCCCAGCGGAGAAAUCCUUUAGAGCCCAGCUGGUUUUUACAAGACCCUGUGGGAGAACCGCGGGACCCUGCCGGAAACACGAGUCCCGCGAAAUUCAAAACAGUUCCUCAGAGGCUUCUGGGAGUCCUGGUGACAAUUGGAGCGUACGAGUGCAGCGGCAGGGCUAGUGGCGCGCGAUUUGAGUGCCCGGGAGUAAGAGACAGCCGGAUCUCAGAAUUCGAGACCAACCUGAUCUGCAGAGCGAGUUCCAGGCUGGAGGUGUAGGUCAGUCACCUUUGACACUUCCUAGUAUCACACCAUCCACAAGUGGCUCAAGCUGGUGCCAAGAACAAGAACCCGUCAAAGGGGGCUGCCUGCCUUCACUGCUCCCUUUAAAUGCACUGCUGAAGAUGGACUGGGCACAUAUGUCGCAAUGAUCACUUUCUACACCUGAGAUGACCUCCCAGAACUCAUGCCUGCUUGUUGCGACUCAACAAAGGAAAUCUGUAACCCUGGGCCCAAUAAAGCAUUGGCUCAGGGAUACCCCCUCAUGUUCCUUUGCCUCUGUGUGUGGCCUCUCUGUGUUCUGUGCUGAUGUGUCUCCUAAUCAUUGAAGGGAUGUUCUCCAUCCAAACUUAAUACAGUCAAUCAUGUGGCUAAACAUUUUAUGUGCAUUAAAUAAACAUUUUACAAUGAGUA